UAUUGAGGAAGCAGAUGGAAAAAUGUCAAACUCCACAGACCCCCUCGACUGGUUGGCGUUUCCCCCGGAGAAACUCCACAUAGACGUGGUUAUCGGUCAUGAUUGGAAGCUUGGGUGGCAGGUAGAGGAGAUCAGAAGAAGCCACCUCUGUAAAUGGGUACAGAUGGUCCACACAUAUCCUGAAGAACUUGCCAUGCACAAAAUCUGCGACAAACCUCUCUCCAGAGGUGAAGAGAAGCAUGUAUCGGAAGUUUCCUUGAGUGAAAAGGCCGACCUUGUUGUUACCAUGGGACCCAAAUUACAGGAAGCUAUUGCUAAGUCCCUCCGACCUUGCGAAGAAGAAAAAACUGUGUUGUCAAUAACAUCAGGUGUCUUUUCUGAAUUUAAGUGUGUGAAAACCACUGUUGCUGAUUUGGAGAAGUUUUACAUUUUAGUUUUUGGCCGUUGUGAUCCAAAGGAUUUGUCCAUGAAGGGCUAUGAUAUUGCGGCAAAGGCCGUAGCUAUUUUGCGUCAUAGAUCAUAUCACCUUACCAUCAUUGGUGCAAACACUGACAAUCAAAAAGAGCUUGUUGAUAUUUUAGUCAGUUUUGGUAUACCACAUUGUCAGUUAAUUGUAAGAAAGUUUUGUAAAGAUCGGGAAUUUUUAAUCAAAUCGUUGCUGGAGUUUGAUCUCGUUCUCAUGCCAUCAAGAACAGAAGGGUUUGGUUUAACUGCCCUUGAGGCAUUAUCUGCCGGUAUUCCCAUUCUUGUGAGAGGAAACUCGGGAUUUGCUGAAGCAUUGAAGAAAGUGGAAUUUGGUGAAUUUUAUAUUGUAGAAGACUUUAACGAUGCUAAUGAAUGGGCACAAAAAAUCGAGUCCAUUCGACAGAAGGAACGGCGAUUGAGACUUAAAGAGAUUCGACAACUACGGACAUUCUAUGAAGAGAAGUACAGCUGGGAGAGUCAGUGUCAAGACCUUGUGGCGACAAUGUCAAACAUGGUUUAUGCUGAACCCUUGCGUCCAAAACUGGUAGAAGUGAAGACGAACACCAGAUGGAAUGCACUCAUUGUGGUGGCCGUAGUAGGAGGCCUUCUGGCCGCAUUCAUUUCUCUCCUACUCCAGAGAGGGUGGAUUGGUUCCUGAAGUGUCCUGCUGUAUCGGAUUAAUGUAACGUUUUCAGUUUUAAACAAGGUUUAUAUUGGACUUAGAACGUCAUUGAUAUUUUUGGUAAUGAAGAUGUAAUAGGCCAAUUUCUAAGUGCCGAAAUGAAUGGAAGAGUUCGAUUAACACUUCUUAUGGGAAUUAGUUGCAUAGAUUUUGGUAAUUAUUUUUCCCAAAAAGAACUAAUAAGCUGGAGAAAGAUAAGCCGUAGACAGUUACAUAACUAGUUGAACUCCCAGAAACAGCAAACAUGAGGUCUGCAACAUGUCUUACGGUAGCGUUAAACGCAUUUUAAAUGCUGCUUCUGGAAAUUUUCAUAGUUCGUACGUUAUCGGAAAUUACGUAGGAUGCCUGUCUUACUACACCUAAUCGUUACCAGGGCGUGAAAUUAAUUUUUUUUUUCUGGUAGCCACUUGGCUCCUAAAUUCUUCAAAGUGGUAGCCAAUUCAAA